AGCAGAAGAUGGGCGCGCCGCCGCCGCCCCUGAGCGACGACAACAGCCAUCAGUCGUCCGGCAUGGACGACUGAGCCGGACGCCGCUAACCCGACAUGCAAGCGAAGAAGCGAUACGUCCUGGUGCUCAUGUGCUGCGCUUUCCUGGCCCUGGGGUACUUCGGAUCCUCGCGCCUACGGCAACAUGGCGCUGCCGGACGCCUAAGGACCCGGACACGGUCUUAUCUGGAGGACGCCGGGCGAGGGUUCCCGGACGAAGACCUAGUGGUAUCGCCGAAGCAGCGGCGGGCCGGCCUCCGGGCCACCCUCAAGUCCGGCAACUGCACCCUACACACGUGUUUUGACGCGUCCCGCUGCGCCCGGGACUUCCGGGUGUUCGUGUACCCGGACGACCCCCCCGUCAGCGCCACGUACCGCAAGAUACUCUCCGUGAUCCGGGACUCGCGCUACGCAACGCCCGAUCCUGCCCGGGCGUGUCUGUUCGUGCUGGGCACCGACACGCUGGACCGCGACCCACUCAGCCCGGACUACGUGCCGGACAUGCAAGCGCGCAUCGACCGGGUGCCCCACUGGAACAACGGCCGGAACCAUGUGAUAUUCAACCUCUAUUCCGGCAGUUGGCCGGACUACGCCGAGCACAACCUGGGCUUUGACCUGGGCGAAGCCAUCCUGGCCAAGGCCAGCAUGUCGACCGGACACUUCCGGCCCGGAUUCGACGUGUCGCUGCCCCUCUUCUCCAAGACGCAUCCGGAGAGGGGCAGCGAGCGGGGCCACGUGGAUCUGAGCCCCGGCACUAAGAAAUACCUCCUUGUGUUCAAGGGCAAGCGGUACCUGUAUGGUAUCGGGUCCGAAACACGCAACUCCCUGUACCACUUGCACAACGGAAAGGAUAUUAUUCUCCUGACCACUUGUAAACACGGCAAGAAAUGGAAGGAGAUGAAAGAUCCCAGGUGCGAGCUCGAGAACAAGGAGUAUGACAGGUUCGACUACCAGGUGCUGCUGUCUAACGCCACCUUUUGCCUGGUCCCUAGGGGUCGGCGCCUGGGCUCCUUUCGGUUCCUGGAGGCUCUCCAGGCUGGUUGCGUCCCCGUCCUCCUCAGUAACGGCUGGGAGCUGCCCUUCGGAGAGGCCAUCCAAUGGAGCAAGGCCAUCGUCUUCGCAGACGAGAGGCUCCUGCUACAGGUGCCAGACAUCGUUCGUUCCAUCAGCCCCACCCGGGUCCAUGCCUUCAGACAACAGACCCAAGUUCUCUGGGACAAUUACUUUUCUUCCGUGGAGAAAAUCGUCAGCACCACGUUAGAGAUAAUCCGUGAGCGUUUGUACGUGACAGCUCAACGCAGCUCCUUCGUCUGGAACACUCAUCCGGGUGCUUUGCCCAUCCUGCCCCAAUUCUCCGACGUCUUGCGGGACUUCCCUUUCUACCUGAAUGCCCUGGGCGCGGAGCCCGGACCCAAGUUCACCGCUGUGGUCUACGUCAGCAUGGCUGCCAGCUCGGCGCAUUCAGCUUCGUCGCCAUUGCUGAGGCUAGUCAAAACGGUCGCCAAGUCGGCGUACGCAGCCAGGAUUGUAGUGAUAUGGAACAGCGAGUCUGUGCCUGCGUCUUCAGUCAAGUGGCCUCCGUCUACCAUUCCCAUCAAUGUCAUUCAAGCGCAACACAAGACAAUCAGCUCCCGGUUCUUUCCUCACCCUCUCAUCCAAACCGAUGCGGUUCUCAGCCUGGACGAAGACGUGCUACUCACCACUGAAGAGGUGGACUUCGCUUUCCGCGUGUGGCAGAGCUUUCCGGAGCGCAUCGUGGGCUACCCUGCGCGCUCCCACUUUUGGGACGACAGCCGGGGGUGCUGGGGAUACACCUCCAAGUGGACGAACGACUACUCCAUCGUCCUCACCGGCGCCGCUUUUUACCACAGAUACUACCACUUCUUGUACACUCACUACUUGAGCCACCUGCUGCACAAGAUCGUGGACCAGUCUCAGAACUGUGAGGACAUCUUGCUGAACUUCCUGGUGAGUCACGUGACCCGCCUUCCUCCCAUCAAGGUAACGCAACGCAAGCAGUACAAGGAAACGAUGAUAUCCGGGGGCGGCAAAACUUACCCGAGUCCCUGGAACGACCCCGACCACUUCAUGCAGCGUCAGACCUGCAUCAACUCCUUCGCCAAGAUCUUCGGGUACAUGCCACUCGUUCGAUCCAACACCAGACUCGACCCGGUCCUGUUCAAGGACCCCGUUUCUAACCUCAGAAAAAAAUACAGACGCAUGGAAAUCACCGGCAGCUAGGGGUGAAUAAUUCACCCGGUAGGAACAACCUUUCUUUCUUCAGGAAUAUCCAAUGAUACCGUUUCUUGGCUUGGCAUUGGCUGUUGCCAACAUAUGCAUUUCCACCAUUGAUCUCG